GCUCAUCAUCCUUUCCUCUCUCCCGUCCUUCUAUUUUCCAUCUCCAUUUCCAUUCCCCAAUUCUUCUCUACCUAUCUUCUUUUCUUCUGCUUCUCCCCUAACUCUCUUUGCCUACCUACUCAAAGUCUCAAUCUUACAAAAUCACCUCUCGUCGCCUUCAUCCGUAACCGUGGAGUUCAUUGAUUGACUGACCCUGGUUUCGGGGUUCCCAUCCCAUCGGUUGUCGUAUCGCAACCCAUCAUAUUUCCUUUUUUUUUUUAUUACCAUUCCCCUCCCUGGAGGUCAAUCACCUGUUUCUCAUCCCUCCUGUUCCCUCUCCCGUCCGUCUGUGUCCACCGUGAACCAACCGAAACUUUGGGGGUUCAAUCUCCAGCCCUUGAACCUUGUGGUGCCGAUAAACUUCUUUCUCCUCGUUCACUGUCAAGGAUAACCUGCUCCUCUUCAUCCAACAACCGCCGCUGCAUCCUGUAUUCGAGAGCCAUCAUCCAACCCCGGCUCGACCUUAUUGAGAUGCACCGCGUGCCGGCCUUGGAGCCAUCUUAUGGAGAACCUUGAAUUGCAAUCAGAUACCGAUAUCGAUAUCGAUAUGGGAGACUCUAUCAGUGAACCUAUGGAUGCGGCCGAUGAUGGCCACACCGGCCCGCGUGCGCCUUGUCCUACCUCUAUUCCUGCAUCCGCCCUUUUACCUAUCCGAGAUAGUUAUACAUCACGAAGGAACGACCUGAGCGAUGAUCGAGACGAUGAUGCCGACUCCGAUACAGAAUUUGCCUCCAUCAUGGCUACGUCCAUGCUGAAUGGCAUUCUCAAUACCGCUUCCAACCCUGUCUCUCCCGGCUCGUCCAGCCCUUCUCACGAUCAAGCCAAAACAUCCGAUUUUGUUCCUCCGACGAGACCGAGCAGCACACCAUUUCCUCACCCUGAUCGCCGACACUCCAAGCCAUGCUGCUCCAGUGGUUCUUCGCAUGGCGCCGACCACGAUACUCCCACUGACUCUACCGCUUUCCCCGAUAACGAGCCAGUGGUUCUCCCUCGCCCUAUAACCGAUUUCAACCAGCUGCCAAUUGAGGUUCACGAAGCGAUAUUGGAUCAUUUGUUCGGGUACCGAGUUUCCGCUACAUCGCGAAGUUCAAUGGCCGUAUCGAGUAUUACAAAAAGUUGGGGAACGGCGCUUAGACAUUCGAGGAGAAGGGAAUUGACCGAGUUGGCGCUUGUGAGCGAUGUUUGGCGGAUUCUUGUUCAGCAACGGCUUUAUCGUCAUAUCAAACUAAAAGCGACUGUGGACUGCCUGGAAGAUGCUAUGGUUCACCUUGCUCUGCACGAGCACCUGCAAUCAUAUGUCAAGCACAUCGAGAUCUGGUUUCCUGUUUUCCAACCAACCUACGGACCCGUCGCUCUAUCGAAUACUCUGACGCUGCCUACAGUCACUAUGGAAGGACUGACUAACGCGACAUACACUUUACCUGGUAACAACUGUACCCUUGAGCAAGUGUUUCAAUUCGUUGGACAAACUCUACCACAGGCCAGAGUUUUGACCUUGGAAGGAGGCGAGCGACGCAAGGCACCGAGAGUUCUUCACUUUCCCGAGCAGAGGAUCGACCCGGCCAUCUACAAGCCGCUGCCUAUCCUUGAAUCGGUGCAGACUCUAGUCACGAGGGGCCAGUGGAAUCUCAUGCGAGACGAUCAGGACUUUGCAACAGUUCUGAAUGCUUUACCAGGCCUUUACGAGUGGCAGGGCUCUUAUAGUAAACCAAAGUCAAAGAGCUAUAUUACUAUGGCCGAGUUUCUUCCAAAACUCCCACGCCACAUCACGAAUUUGAGUCUUUGCCUCGAGAGCGACUAUCGUCGAGAGGGGGUCAUGCCACCAUUCUAUUCGAAGGUCGUACAGAAGACGCACAUUUGUGCAAGAAUGGCGGAGGCGUUACCUUCAUUAGAGCAUUUCGCCUACACUGGCCGUGUUUGUCACCACUUUUUUGAUGUGGCUAUGCGAUCAACCGACCCACGAACUUCCCGACUCAAGACUCUAGACUUGACAGUCAAGAAUUGCUGCCGAUACAACACGAGCUUCCACGAGGCUGGCUCUGGCAUUCAAGAUAUGGGAUUUAUCGAUGCCUUUGAAAAGUUGGUACUGUCAGCGAUUCGAUCUCUUGAAAAGCUCAAGGAAGUGGUUUAUCUGAGGAUUCGGUUUGUUGAUCUUGACUCCGUACUACCCCCUCUCAACCCAUUUUUUAUUAUGCGCAAGGGUGCUUGCUCUGGCGUCUGGAGCGAAAGGAUUUUGGCCGAGAUGGGUCGCGUUCGCCCCGAUGUUCAUUUUCCAGAGUUGAGUGAGUCCUUUGGCAACAUCGUGUACAACAAGGACGGAAGAAUGGUCAUUACGCCUGACCCCCCGAGGACGAAGAUCGCAUCCCUAAAGUUGUCGAAUUAUCGAUCUCUUGCGACAGGCAUCACGAUUCAGUGAGAAAUGUAUGCCAAUAUGAAACACUGUGAAUCUUAAACCGCAGAAGACAGCCAAAAGAUCGAUAUGGCUGGAUUAUACAUAUGAUACAUCACUCUUUUGUUUUGAGACGGCGUUCAAGGUUUGGAACUAUGGAAAGGAAGCUGUUAAUUGAAACCACAUACCCAGGAGAUUGGGAGUUAUGAGGGCGCAUGUAUACACGGGAAUUGCUGGCAUGGAUUUACUUGGCUUUGAGAAGAAUUUGCUUGGGAUCUGUUGAAAAGUCACGAAGAUGGAAGUGAAGACGGCGAGGUAAUUUAUCUGAGGGGAUGCGAGCUUCCAUAUACCCUCUACGAUACUGGCGAUUUGGUAUUAUAAUCGAUGAAUAAGAUUGUCUGAAUAUUUAUGCUAUGUUCAUCAUCAAUAAAAUAUUCACGCUUACUACACGCCUGCUUUUGUAUUUCCAAUUUUUUGAAAGGGGGACUUCAGUGUGGCUCUUAUUCGACGUGGAACUUAAUGGUCGAUCGUGUUGACCGAGCAGCACCGUCACUGAUGAUGACACCCAGAAUCCAGCAGUUAACCAAGAAGAAGCCGAGCGAGGCCAACCAAAGGCCUGGGAAGAAGGUACUGAUGCCGAGAAACUCGAGCUGGUAACCUUGUUGCAACCAGGCAGCUUGGGAGACUACCCAGAGCAACAGAGCUGAGAUGCCCAGCUUAGGGUUACGGAGGAAAGAUGAGUUGGGCAGAUAAAGUGGUAGGAAGAUCAUGUACCAAAGGAAGUACUG